UGUUCCAUCAGUCUCGCCGGUAGUACGCGUCCGGCCGCCGCGCGUGUCAUACGCCUUGCGUGUUGGUGUGUCUUGUGCAGUGACGUGUGGUCACCGAAGUGGCGGGAUUCCUAGCCUCAGGACGGGGGGCACAUGCCCCCUUCCACCAGCACCACAUUGGUAAAAGUCAGUGUCCUGUGUCCAUUGAAUUUUGACUAUUCUUUACGUGUUUUUUUUUUCUCAUCUGAACAUUGAAUGUGAUUAACGUCUGCGAUGCCGACUUAUGGAGGACGUGGGGAAGCUGGCGGUGCGAUGGCCUGUGCUGGUUGCGAGAAGCCUAUCCUGGACAAGUUCCUCCUGCAUGUGUUGGAGCGCGCGUGGCACGCAGCCUGCGUCCGUUGCGCCGAUUGCAGGGCCCCACUGGCGGACAAGUGCUAUUCCAGGGACAAUAAACUGUUCUGUCGUAAUGACUUCUUCAGACGCUACGGCACUAAAUGCAGCGGCUGCGGCCACGGCAUAUCUCCAUCAGACUUGGUCCGGAAAGCGAGAGAGAAGGUCUUCCAUCUCAAUUGCUUCACCUGCCUCGUCUGCAGGAAGCAACUGUCCACUGGCGAGGAGCUUUACGUUCUGGAUGACAACAAGUUUAUAUGCAAAGAGGAUUACUUAGCUGGCAAGGCGCCGACGCAGCACCCGGAUUCCCUCCUCGGCUCAGGCUCUGACGAAGAGGAGGAAGAAGAAUCCCGUGCGGGGAACAACUCUAGCAGCCCCGCUCACGCUCCCCACCCAGCCUUGCACCCAGACCUCUCGCAUAACGGGGAUGCCAAACCUCAUGAGGACUCAGAGGACCAGUUCUUCUUCUUCCCAUCCCAGGGUUCGUUAGACGGUGAUCCGGAGACCAGGGAUUCACAAGCUGAGAACAAGUCACCAGACGACGGAAAUGGCGGCUCCAAGAGGAGAGGUCCAAGGACGACAAUAAAAGCCAAGCAGCUGGAGAUACUGAAAUCUGCCUUCUCACAGACACCGAAGCCAACGAGGCAUAUCCGGGAACAGCUGGCCAAGGAAACUGGAUUACCGAUGAGGGUCAUACAGGUUUGGUUUCAAAACAAGAGAUCAAAAGAGAGACGUUUGAAACAGUUGACAUCUAUGGGAAGGGGUCCAUUCUUUGGUUCCUCACGCAAGAUGCGUGGCUUCCCAAUGAAUCUGUCCCCCGGGGGACUGGAGGAGGGGCCUCCGGGGUUCCCAUACUUCGCGACAGCAGAUGGGAAGUUCGAGUUUGGAUAUGGCCCGCCGUUCCACCAUGAUGCUCCAUUCUUCCAUCCUCCACCGAACAUGCCCUUCAACCAGCCAGGUCGUUUCGCAGGUGGUAUGGAGUCGCUGCAGGGCGGCGAGUUCCCUGAACAGUUCCCCCCGCCCGAUCACCUAGUGUUGCCGCGACCCUCGUCCCCGGAGUUCACUUUCGGGGACGCCCCGCCUCCCCUACACCCCGAGGGGCUGGUCUGGUAGCUGAAGCCGGAGCCGCGAGACUACCACGACUGAUGCGGCUCGACGGGGUUUUAAGUGGACAAAGUGGCGUUGACAGUGACGUUCAAUGUGUCUCCAAGUUUAUAUGACAGUGACAUCUCUUUUUUUUCUGAUCGUAUAAUAAUUUUCAGCCGGAUACUUUGUUUAAUUUAAUCUUAUUAUGCAUAUAUUUUUAAAAACAGUGUAUUGAAUGUUUCAAAUAUUAACAUUGUUUAGUUAGUAGUUUCGAAAUAUAUGUGUAUGUAGCUGUGUGUAAAUAUUAUACGAGCUUCUUAACUGCUUGGUAUAUUGUUCAAACUUUUCUGACUGUUACUGAUUUAUAUAUUAUUUUCAGCGGUCGUUUUAACUUAGCUAAUAUAUUCCGAUCUUUGUUUUAAAUGUAUAAUUAAUAGAACAUAUAGUGUUUAAAUGUGAAUAGUGUACAGAUAUUGUGUUUAGUGAUUAUGAUAAGUUUAAUAAUAUUAAUUUAUUUACAGUUUAGAAAUUUGAAAAUAAAAAGCGAUAUUAUUUUGGUUCCUACUUUAAGAUAGAAAUUAAAGCAUUUUUAUUUCGUCUGUAUUUAUUGAUUAAUUUCUAUAUAAAAUAGCUCAUAAUUUAGGCAAUCGAAUACAUAUUAUGAUAGAUAAAAUACAAGUAGUUCUAUCUGUAAGUAAAUACAUGUAAAUAUUAUAUGGUGAAAUUUCAUUAAUAACAGUUUGUACUAAGUAUUAUAUUCAAUAAUAUACACCAUGGGUGAUUGCACUGUCUAUGAAUUAAACACAAAAUUCUGUUUACAGAAUCAUAAUUUUAUAUGUAAAGUAUAUCCUUUGUUUUUUUUUUUUUAUUAACAUAAAAUUAUAAAUGUAUUAAAUUCAAUAUGUAAAUCUAAAUUUAUAGCCGUUGUUAAGGACACAUAUUUUAUAUAGUACGUGUUGUAAUUACUUGAUCGGCAGAAUUAAUGUUUUAACGACGUAUUACUUUUAAUAUUUAUAAACAGUAUAUAUGUAGUUCCGACAAACCACUUACAAUAUAAAGUAGCAAAUCGAUGUUUAUCCCAAAAUCUAUUGAAAGAUAUAUAAAAAAAAAAAAAGUUACGAAAGUUUACUUGUAUUGUAUUAUAAAAUAUAAUUAUAGUAUUAAAUUAAUAGUUGAUGAAAGUUAAAUAUAACGGACACAGGAUGUAUGUACUUAAACUAAGUUAUGAUCGGUACAUACUAUUUAUUAUCUGUAUUUAGAGAUUAAAAUGUAAUGGAAUUGUCUGUAAGAAUAAAAUCUAUUCGAUGAAUUAA